AUGCAGCGCAUCUACAUGCACAGCAAUGAGCACUUUGAAGUCUUCACUACUGUCCUUGCUCCACAAGGGAGGUAUCGAUACAGAGCAGAAGCUGAAAAGAUGGUGGUGGUGCACAGAUACAGGCCCCACUGGCCAGAUGAGCUGGAGCUGUCUCUAGGUGACGUCAUCCUGGUGCUGUCCAAACAUGAGGAGGAGAGGUGGUUUGGGCGGCUGCAGGACGGCCAGCAGGGCUACUUCCCCGCCUCCUGUGUGAUGGAGCUGAGCCAGCCGAAUCUUCCUCCCAAAGGCCUGCGAAGGAGUUUAUCUCUGAGAGCCUCAGUACUGGACAACAACGAUUCAGGUGUACGCAGCAGAUAUGGAAAUGGACACAUUCUGCAGGCACUCAGGAGGGGGAGCAGAGGAGGAGAAGGAGGGGGAGGAGGAGGAGGAGGAAUGGCGCUGGAUGGGGGCCAGGGUGCAGGCGAGGGCCCCUUCCUGGUGCGCAGGCCCCAGAUCCCUCUGCCUCAGCCUGUGGCCUCCCAACCUCAGACACACAGAUCCCCGGGCCUGCUCCACAGGAUUUUAUCCAAGUGCCGGAAAAAGAGUGAAUGCCAGGGAGCCACCAACGGGGCCUUCGAGGGUGACUAA